UGGAAAAUAAAACAAAAGCAAUUACCGUCAUCUUUUGAAGGCGAAAACAUUUCUCCCUGCUCACAGCUUAUUUAGCCAAGCUGUCCCAGUUUGGGCUCGGAAGUCGGCCAUCGAAGACGAAGAAUUGAACUAGCUACGCACCGUCGGAAAAUUUUGCUGCCGCGCGAAAAUUGCUGUCGUUUCGUUUUCCUCGAAAAGUUUACAGUAUAUACCAUUUUGAGUGUUACGUUAGCCGGAGGGGGUAGAGGCAGCUGCAAAUUAAAACUACGCCUGGGGAGAAAAUUGCAAAUUAAAACUACGCCGAUGAAAUGAGAAUAAAAUUAGGGUCUUGUUUCGGAAUUGCGAUUUGCGUGAUAGUCAUCGCAUCAGUCGUCAGCAUUGCGAAAGCCCAAUACACGGGCUGCGAUUACUACCAGCAACUUGCUUCGGGGCAGACAUACGCUGUCUACUCCCCUAAUUAUGGUAACCUCUACCCGGCUAAUACGUACUGCCGCUGGACACUGUUAACUACACCUGGGUCAAGAAUAGCCCUAUCCUGCCCGGACGUCUACAUUCCACAGAGCACAUCCUGUUACUACGAUAAAUUGCUGAUCUCCACCGGGGGCCAAACCGACUUAUCCGAUGCGAAAGCCUACUGUGGAACCGGAACGGUGACGACGGAAUCCACCGGUAGCGGAAUGGUUAUCACCCUUGAAGUGGGAGCUACUACCUACGGGGGAAGGUUUUACUGUACGGCUAAGAAAAUUGAUUGCCAGUGUGGCAUGAGGCGUAAGAAAAAGAUCGUCGGCGGAACGGAAACGCUUGUUAACGAGUUCUCGAUGAUGGCUGCCCUAGAUGACACCACUAGUAGCAAUGGAUUCUUAUGUGGGGCUACAAUAAUUACACCUUAUCACGUCAUCACGGCCGCCCACUGCCCGAUCGGUCACAGCAUCUCAAAUCUGGCAGUGCAAGUCGGUGACCACGACAUCGCAUCUGUGACGGAAACAUCAUUCACGGCCACCUACCGGGUGGCUUCCAUCAAGAUUCACGAAUCGUACAACGUGACCACCAGUUUGAACGAUAUUGCAAUCAUCCGUACGCAAACCCAAAUGCUUUUUAACACUGGCGUAAGUCCUGUAUGUCUACCCUUCAAGUACUAUGAAGCAACCUUCAUCGGAAUGGAGCUGGAAGCCGUCGGUUGGGGAUCCACAGAUUUUGGCGAUGCCAAGUCCCAGGUGCUGCUGAAAGUCGAUCUUCCCGUGGUGGACCCCGGUAAAUGCUUCCAAACGUACACCAACUUUGAGGACAAGCAAAUUUGUACCCUUGCAGCGGGAAAAGACACGUGCCAAGGUGACUCCGGCGGACCGCUGUUCUACACGGAUUACUACAAUGGACUGGUCUAUCUGGUGGGUGUCGUGAGCUACGGUAUGGCCUGUGCAACGAACGACCCUAGCGUAAGCACCAGGGUUACCAGUUAUUUGAACUGGAUCAUGCAAAACACUCCUGAAUGGAACUAUUGUUAUCAAUAAAGUGUGUUUAUGAUA